CUGUGACUGUGAUAAUUCUGGUAUAAUAUAAUGGUAGUUAUGUUAUCAUAGUUUUGAGAGUAAUAUCACACAGAUUCACACCUUCCUUGUAUUUGAAAUGCUAUCUUGUCUUAUUAACCAGAAGUGUGAUACUACAGUACUACAGUAAUAUGGAUGUUUAACCCCAGAGAGUACCAAUUCCCUUGUUUUUUUCAGUAACAAUGGCCAAUCUGCAAUAAGUCAAUAACGACGUAACAAUUAGAAUUUACAGAUUUAUGCGACCGCUCAGACACUAGUUUUGCUCAGACAGAUAUUCAAGCAUGGUUGUAUACAUUGCCUCGUUUUCAUUGUUUUGCGUGUUAUUUGCCAGUUUUCAGUAGUCUUUUCGAAAAGUAGUUUAAAUCAAACUUAAUUGUCAUUAUGUUCUUUAUGGGAAGCUUUAGUUUAGUUGCAAUAAUCACAAAUUUGUCCCGCAAAUACUGCAAUAGACGAGGCUAAAACUGUCAGUACUUGCAUGCGGUUGAGCACUUUUAACAAAAAUAAUGAUUUUGAAAAUGUAGACCAGUUUAUAAGCGCUAACCCUCCAAAAUACUCUCAAAAUAAGCUUACAGAAUUUUUCCAUAGUAAAGUAUAAGAAAAAAUUUUCUGGGUAAAAGGUCGGGGAAACAUCCCUAUAUACUGAUGAUUACUGGAGUAUAGCACUGCUUUGAUCAAAAGAAUCAUUUGCAGCAAUAUCGUUCUGCAAUUCUGAUGUGCAAAAAUAUUAGUAAAUGCUAAAAAGUUAACAUCCAAUAAAAAAAGAUUUAUUUUAUCACUUUUUAAAAACUUCAGAUUAGCAUAAAUGAUAUAGCUACUGUUUGUCAUUGUUGAGAAUGGCAUACAUACAAUGGCGGCGUUUCAAUUUCUUCAAUAAAGAAGUAAUAGAAAGCAAUGCUACUGGAAAAACGUUCGACAUGAUUAAAGAUGCAAAUUUACAAUGUUGCACGUGCGGUCGUGGUUUUCUUAUUUUUGGCGAUGAUACUGGUCAUAUUCAUAUCGUGAAUCACAAUUUUCAAGUUCAAUCAUUUCAAGCAUAUCGGAUCAGUGUUUCACAUCUAUUUCAAGUUAUUCAGCAUAAUGUUUUGGCUUCCAUCGGCAUCGAUGAAGAGGGUGUUAACCCUGUUAUCAAAAUAUGGAACAUGGAUAAAAGAGAUAAAUCAGGUGAUCCUUUUUGCUCCAGAAUUCAGGCUGCUAUUCCCAAUAACUUGCCGAGUGAUGUGUCUGCAUUCUCUGUUCUGUCAAACUUAAGCAUGAUGGCUGCUGGUUUUGCUCAAGGUAGCAUUGUAUUGUAUAAAGGAGAUGUUUUGAAGGAUAGACAUGGCAACAAAACAAUAAUACUGGAAACCGGGCAAGGGGGGCCAGUCACUGGUCUGUCAUUUCGAUAUGGUGAGAAAGAUUCCUAUUUGUUUGCAACGACUCAUACUACGGUAUUAUCAUAUGCAGUAUCAGAUAAAUACUCAAAAAUGCAUACGUUGGAAGAUCAAGGAUGCCCAAUGUUUUGUACUGCGAUAUCUAACAGUGUACUUGAUAAUCAAUUUCUUGUUGCUGCAAGUGAUGCUGUAUACGCUUAUCAGCCUGACUCAAGGGGCCCUUGUUUUGCUUUUGAUGGUGACAAAGUUUUAGCUCGCUGGUAUCACGGAUAUCUAAUCCUUGUCUACAAGGACAAAACCAGAGCGGGAGUCUCGUCCAGUGCAUUGCGACCGACAACUGAAAAGAACAUGCUCACAAUUUAUGACAUGAAUCAGAAAAUCAUUGCUUAUUCUCAUGCACUACCAGGGGUCAAAGAUGUUUUAUAUGAAUGGGGAUCUAUCUAUGUGCUAACAGCGGACAAUGUAUUAGUGUGCCUGCAAGAGAUUGAUAUUCAUAGUAAACUUGAAGUACUUUUUAAGAAGAAUCAUUACUCUUUGGCAGUAAAUAUGGCUAAAAAUCAAAACCUUGGAGAAGAGGGCUUGAUGGAGAUUUUCCACCAAUAUGGUAACCAUUUAUACAGCAAAGGUGAUUAUGACGGUGCAAUACAUCAGUAUGUUAAAACAAUUGGUCAUCUGGAGCCAUCUUACGUGAUAAGAAAAUUUCUUGAUGCACAGCGUAUUCAUAAUUUGACAACAUAUUUACAGGCAAUGCAUGAAAAAGGGGAGGCGAAUGAGGACCACACUACGUUAUUAUUGAAUUGUUUUACAAAAUUGAAGGAUAGUGAAAACCUGAAUAGAUUCAUCAUGGGCCCUGAAACCAAGCAUAAAUUUGAUGUAGAAACAGCCAUAAGAGUUUGUAGACAGGCUGGAUAUUAUGAACAUGCAUUAAAACUGGCGGAAAAGCAUCAAAAGCACACCUGGUAUCUGAAAAUUCAGUUGGAAAACACCAAAGAUUAUAAACAAGCUCUCGCGUACAUACGAAAACUACCCUAUGAAGAAGCAGAAAUUAACAUGAAGAAAUAUGGUAAGCUGUUGAUGAAGAAUGUCCCAGCAGAAGCAACAGAGUUAUUGAAAGCCCUUUGUACAGAUUACAAGCCAAGUAAUAUGCCACUGGUGAAUGAGGAUGAUUAUGAGAGUUUUGGAAAUGUUUCAAAUAAACAUGCUAAUGUAGAAGAGUUCAUACAUAUAUUUGUCAACAACUCGGAAAGACUGGUUGCCUUUCUACAACAUAUCAUCAAAGUUGAACCUCAAUCUUCAGAGCUUGUAUACAAUACACUGUUGGAAUUGUAUCUUCACCAAAUGACACAUCCCAAUACAACCUCAGAGGAAAGACGAAGAAUAGAAGAUCAGACCUUGGAUUUGUUAAAAGAAUUCUCAUCUCUAGAUUAUGAUACAGACCAAGCACUAGUGCUAUGUCAAAUGCAUUGCUUCAGGCCUGGCAUUCUGUUCUUAUAUGAAUCUGCAGCACUUUAUCAGCAGAUAUUGAGGUAUCAUAUGGACCAUGAGGCCAUGGGAUUGGUUGUUGAAACCUGUAGAAAACAUGGGUCAAAAGAUCCUUCAUUAUGGCAGCAAGCUCUAACUUUUUUUGCCCGACAAGAGGAUGUCAAAUGUGAAGAACAUAUUAUGCAAGUUCUGACUCAUGUGGACAAGAAUAAUCUCCUUCCUCCUUUGCUGGUCAUUCAACUGUUGUCCAGAAGUUCUACAGUCUCAUUAUCAGUCAUCAAGGAUUAUAUUCUAAGACGAUUGCAGAAGGAAACCGAAGAAAUAGAUCAACACGAGAAAGUCAUUCAACAAUGUCAAGAAGAUACAAAGAAAAUGAAAGAACAAAUUGAGGAAUUGAAAACGACUGCUACUAUAUUUCAAGUGACCAAAUGCAGUUUAUGUAAUCAUGAUCUCGAACUGCCAUCUGUUCAUUUUCUCUGCAAACAUUCCUUUCAUCAGCAUUGUUUUGAAAGUUAUUCAGAAAAUGAUCAGGAAUGUCCAGUCUGCGCAGGCGAAAAUCGUAAAAUUUUGGAACAUAUGAGAGAACAGGAACAAGCUCUUUUAAAUAACAGAAAUCUCUAUGAUCAAUUUUCUUCUCAAGUUCGUCAGUCAAGAGAUGGUUUUUCUAUUAUUGCUGAUUACUUUGCUCGUGGGGUAUUUAACAAAGUUACUCUUGUUACCGAGUCAAAGGUCAGGGGAAACAGUGCAACCGCAAAUCCUUUUGAAGCUAGUUCAGGCUCAAAUCCUUUUGAAGAUUCAGGGAGUCUCAUUGAUGUCAGCCUUCAGAGAGAACUGAAAAUGAUGCAACAAGCAAACAGAUGAAAUGAUCUUUUAUUUAAACUUUCUUAAUUUAUAUUCCUAUUUCACUAAAAUCUCAUCUGCAUUAUAGAAAUAGAAAUGUAUGUAUUGUCAUUAAUCAAACCUCUAUUCAAAUAUUGUUUUCUCUUGCUAUUUUUGUGAGAAGCGGUGACAUACAUUAUGCUGCUUUUAUGAUAAACUGCAUAUUGAAUAAUUCCUAUUGCUGUUGUCUGUACUUAUCGUACUUCACAGUCAAUCAAGUCCUAUGAUAAGAAUGAACACUUUUCAAUAAUGGACUGAUAAUCUAUUGGUUUCGUAGUUCCUGUUUAUCUAUUCUCCCAGUCUGUGAACAAAUAAAAACCUUGUAAUUUACAUAUAUCUAUAUGUGUUAUAACUUACAUGUAUAUUUAUUAAUUGAAUGCUUCAGUUAUGUUGUACUCAUGUCAUUGUUUGUGAUCGUUUGUUCCAUUUAUCAUUUGUAUGAUUUACCCAAUGAGCAUUAUUCGAUGCAAUAUUUAAAUUUAUCAAUUUUUUUUAUCAG